AUGGCGUCUUCGAAGAUUCUCGUGAUUGGCGCGGGGGAACUGGGCUUCCAAGUGCUGCACGCCCUGGUCUCGCAUCCUCACCAGCCUGCAUCUGUCGGAGUGCUGCUGCGCCCUGGUCGGAUCGAUCACCUUAACCCGUCGAAGCAACAACAAAAUGCCAUUUUGCAGGAAAUCGGAGUCCACUUUGUCCAGGGCGAUAUUGUCGAAGACUCCGAGCAAAAGCUGUCCGCAAUCUUUGCCGGCUAUGACACAGUGAUCGGAUGCACUGGUUUUGUGUCAGGCACUGGAGUACAAGCAAAAAUUGCCCGGGCUGCUCUUUUGGCACAGGUAUCUCGAUUCAUUCCGUGGCAAUUCGGUGUGGAUUACGACGCGAUCGGGCGAGGUUCUCCCCAAGAUAUCUUCGACGAGCAGCUUGAUGUGCGUGAUCUUCUUCGAUCACAAAGCCACACUAAAUGGGCCAUCGUGUCGACGGGCAUGUUCACGAGCUUCCUCUUCGAACCUUCGUUUGGAGUCGUCGACUUGAAGAACCAGCGGGUAAAUGCGCUCGGAAGCCUGGCGAACCGUGUCACAGUCACGACCCCCGAGGAUAUCGGGAAGUUCACCGCGGAGAUCGUGCUAGGAAAGGAGGAUCUGUUCCAAAACCGUCCCAUCUUUGUUGGUGGCGAUACCAUCAGCUACGAAGGAUUGGCACAGUUGGUUGAACGUCUGAUCGGAAGGCCGAUCGCUCGGAAUGUCCUGACCGCGAAAGCGAUGCAGGCCGCGCUGGCACAAGACCCGCACAACAGUCUGCUGAAAUAUCAAGCCGUCUUCGGUCAGGGACGCGGCGUGGCAUGGGAUUUGCCCAGGACGUGGAAUAGGCAGUGUGGGAUGCCCGCCGAAACGGCAGAAGAUUGGGCCCAACGCCAUGGACUGGAGGGGAUGUAG